AUGUCGUGCAAGACGCUGCUUGCUGCCGCGCUCGCUGGAGCUAUCGCGUUAGAAGAACUCUCCAUCGAGUGUAUCCCAGGAAAUUCACGGAUGCCACUCUCUGCACUUGAAGUGAUCGCUUCAAACUGGCCUCAAUGGGCCACUUCUCUAGUGAAGCUGCGACUCAAUCUAGUCAAUGACCUUCAAGAAGACCGAUCAAAGCUAACUCUGUCUAACUAUCAAGAUUCCUUUCCCAUGAGCGUUCGAAUGAUGACUGCGCACCUUGUCAACUUUACUGCCUUGGUCCGUCUUCAGCUUUCACUUCUGAACAUACCUGCGCUCUACUUCAAACAACUGGCCAAAGCACUACCGAUAAUGGGAUUACAGACUCUGGACCUGCAGAACAUCUCCUCUCGCUACAGGUACAUUGCGAAAUUCCUGAAAUCAUGCAAGGACACUCUGCGCUCCUUCAGCCUGUCGCAAAGUACCUUCGUUGAGCUCAAAAACUUCUACCAAUUGAUACGCCAAUGCACAUAUAGGCUAGAGCUACGCAAGUGCAACUUCCGAGGCUCGAAUGCUGGUGACAAAGGCCUACAUUUCGGGGAUUUCAACGAAUUACGCCCGCAAACGGUGGAAGGUCUGUCUCAUUCACCUUUCCACCUCGUAUACAAUUUACCUCUCGAGUCCGAAGAUCAUCAGUGGGUGUCGGUCUACACGACUAAACAGGAUGCUUACGCAAUCGAGCUCGACUCUGAUAAAGGCGAUGACGUGAAAUACUGGUUGGACCAGGUGCACGAUUGUGUGGAGCUCAAGUGGAUCUGGUCCCAGGAACGCUUUAUUUGA